AUGUUUCUCUACUCCGUGCUCAGCAGAGCGGCGGCCGCAAGGGCGGCGGCGGCGCGGGCGGCGGCGGAGGCGGCGCAGCCUCCGCCCCCGGCGACGUGGGCGGAGUGCGUGACUUCCUACGUGAACUACGCGACCGAAGCCGCGGACGGGGUGGUGAACUCGACGUCCCACGCUGUGGCUUCGGCAACGGCCGCCGUGAGCUCGGUGGUUCUACCGCCCUCGCCGUCGAUCCCCGCAGAUGCUCCUGCCGGCAAGGCCGAGAAGCGGGCGCCCGCCCCCGCCCGCGAGAAGGCGGCGGCGCGUGCCGCCUUGCCGCCCAUAACGCCGGCGCCGACUUCCCCAGCGACGGACGCAUGGACGGACGUGCUGUCAUCCUACACCACCUACGUCACGGCGUCCGUGAACGGAGCCGUGCACAGCCCGGCGCCGCCAAAGGCUCCAAACGCGCCAAAGGCGGAAGGGCGACCGGCUCCUGCUCAAAGGAAGAGGCCCGCAACUGCCGUGGAACCAUCUCCAAAGCAGCAGCAGGCCAAGCACGAGCGUUCUUCUUCUGCUGCUGCUGCUGUUGCGCAGCGCACGGUCUUGCAGCCGGCGGUAGCUUUGACGGAGGGGGGGAGGGCGUUGACUAAGAGGACCUUUGAGGCAGGCCGGCUGGUCAAGGAGACCUCGAGGCGGUCAAGCGCGCGAGUCGGCGCGGCGCUCGGCCGGGACGUGAACGAUCACGCCGCGGCGGCGAUGCUGGUGAUGGCCCUUCUCGUCUUCCUGCUGGUGUGGUGUGAGGUGGCGAGCUUGGUCCGGUGGUGGAAAGAAAUGAUGUCCAGCUGCGACGACCGGAAGGUUCGGGUCACCAGCAGCAGCCGCAGGAGCGCCACCAGUGGCCGGGAUCAUGACGCAAAGCGCCAACGCCGCGGCCGCUGCGGCCGCUGCUGCCGCCGCGGCGGCGGCGGCGGUGGCGGCGGGAUACGCCGGCGCUGCGGGAGGGCGCCGCAGGGGGAGCACUUCGCGGAAGCUGGACAUGGACCGGGAGGCUUGGGAACGGCGGCGGCGGCGGCCCGGAGCCGGCGUAGUACCAUCGGCGGUCCCAGUGACACCGACGUCGUUCCACUGCAGAAGGUCAAGAGCUUGGUGAGCAUGAUCGAGAGAAGGGGGUCCAACUCGUCCUUCAAUCCUUGCAGCCACGGGACAAGGUUCUACCGCCCCCGGAGCUUCGACCCUUCGUCUAGGCCAGCAGUGACGCCCACUACAACAGCAGCACCAGCAGCGGCAAAGCCCUCGUCACCCGCUUCGUCGUCGUCGUCCUCGGACUACUCCCGCGCCUCCGCGUACGACCCCAAGACCUUGUUCAUGCCGGAGGCAGAGGCUACAACGGCGACGGCCGCGGCUCCCGUGGCGCCUGAGGCGGCGGCCGUCGACGAUGCUGCCGAGGAUGGGGCCCCGGAGGUAAAAGCCGGCGCCGAAGACCCUACCCCGCCGCCGCGAGAAGAGGUUUCCACCGCACCAGGCGUUUCUUCGAAGAAUUCGGCCGGAGCUUCGGCAACGGAGCUGCUGGAGGAGGCGAGGCUUCUCUUCUCUCAGCCCGGGGUCGCCAACGCCUCCGCUCGAAAAGCGGCCAUCAACAAGGCCCUCGAGGCGCUGGCUUCGUCGUCGUCGUCGUAUUCGUCGCGCUCGCCCGCGGCGGCAGCGGCGGCUUCGUCGGAGGAGGAAGACGAGGACCCCCUCACCGUGUCUUCGCUAGACCACCCCAAGGAUUACAUCGUCCCAGUCGCGGGGAAGCGUUCUGUCGCGGAGCUCGCCGCCAGGUUCUCCGGCAACGGGGAAGGCGUUUCUUCUUCGACAGGCGUUUUUCGCCCCUCGGCAUCAGGCGCGAACGUUCCUUCGGCACCCACCGGGGGCGUGACGAUGAUGACGACGGCGACGCAGCUGCUGCAGGACGACCAGACUAAGUCCGGAGGAGUAGAGGAGGAGGAGGAGGAGGUGCUUGGUGUGCAUUUUUACGAGAGCUACGACGACGAGGAGCAAGAGGAUUCAACGGACGAUGACCUGGACUCGAUGGAGGAGGAGGAGGACGUGGAGCAAAUUGUGAGAGUUCACGCAAGAGUUCAACCAAUACCUCAACCAGCAGCAACUUGGAUUUAGUCCCCCCCGUAGGGCGGGCGUGCGGAACGACGGGCAACGUCUGUGUCUGCAACAGGGAUGAAUCGGUCGUUAGGCAGGGUGUCAGUCUUUCCGACUUUAGACGUUCGGUCUUCAUGACACCCUUGUAGAAUGUGACGUGUUCAAAAAAUACCAAGUAGACACCAGCCUCGUGGAGUGCCAGCCCUACCUACCUGUGAUGUCGUCAGUCCUCGAUGGUCGUGCUGGGACUGACAGAAAUCGCGGUAUGUAUCCGAUUUUGAUGGGAGAUUGUUAUGAAUCGUUUUAUGGGCACACGUAUUUUUUUAUGGCUGUUCACGUAUUAGGAGGAAGCUCCAAAAAAUAUUGUGUUUGAGUUUGAAAAUAGUUCGUGGAGCAAAGGGUUGUGUUGUGUUGAGGAAAAGUCACGGUGUCGAGUGGACCUGUUUUUUGGGAGGAGGAGUUCACGAACGUUGUAGCUGUUACUCCUACAAAUAGGGCAACACCCGACCAGAGCGGAAGGUUUUGUUUCGCUUAAUACCACGGAGCCGGGCGGUUUUUUCGUCGCGACUUUCGUACGGCUCUACUGUGUACUCCGUGGUUGUUUACAUGCAACAGCCGCCCGAACCACGGGUUUGGCGAUGGUAAACCGUCAGAAAAGAAACGCUGGUCUCUAGAUUCUCGUGUGACGGUUCAUCUGCGACUUGGUGAAAUACUUUGGGAUUGGUAACUCGAAAAAUGAGUUUUGUCGAGAAUACGCUGAGCGUGAACGCCAGCCUGUGUGUGAGACACCAUCCGCA